AUGGAAGAACUGUGUGAUAUACCUAACGAAUCGUUAGAGGCUCUUAAGAUAGAGGCCUGUACUACCACAACGACGCGGGUCUGUGACCUGGAAGUGGAAGAGAACAAGUUUAACGUUGUUGUGGAGGAUGAAGAGAAGAUUAUAUGCGAGAGCGAGGAGGUUGUUCAGGACAUGGACCACAAGAAAGCCGGAUACCUGUUCCAGCGUACGUUGGGUGCUGGUUCAUUUGGUGUGGUCAAGCGUGCGAAGCAGUUACAUAGCGAUGAGGAUGUAGCUGUUAAGAUACUGUUGAAACGGGCUUUGGAGAAGAAUGGUGGGUUGGAACCCAUAUACGAUGAACUUAAUAUAAUACAGCACCUGGAUCAUCCCAAUAUCGUUAAGUUCAAGGAUUGGUUCGAGACUGAGUCCAAAUUCUAUAUUGUAACCCAGUUAGCAUCCGGAGGUGAACUGUUCGACAGAAUUAUGCAUGACGGGAAGUACACAGAAGAGGAUGCCGUAAACAUCGUUGUUCAGAUCUUGAAAGCUGUCGAAUACCUGCAUUCUCAAAAUAUAAUUCAUAGAGACUUGAAACCAGAAAAUUUACUAUACCUGGAUAAAUCCAAGGAUUCCAGGAUAGUGCUAGCAGAUUUUGGAAUUGCCAGACAGCUAGAAAACGAUGACGAUGUCAUCUAUAGACCUGCAGGCUCCUUGGGUUAUGUGGCGCCAGAAGUGUUCACUUCAGAUGGACACGGAAAACCCAGUGAUAUUUGGUCUGUAGGUGUGAUUACGUAUACAUUAUUAUGCGGUUACUCUCCGUUCAAAGCGGAAUCAGUCGAUGGAUUUUUGGAUGAGGUUACAUCUGAUGAAAAUCCAGUCAAAUUUCAGAGACCAUAUUGGGACGGCAUUUCUGAACUGGCUAAGAACUUCAUUUUGAGAAUCCUAGAUUUGGAUCCUGCUUGUCGACCAUCUGCUACUGAGCUAUUGAAUGAUCCAUGGAUACAGAGUAAAUGUUCUUUAAGAACAGACUUGUAUCACAACAUGAGGAAGAACUUGAGUGCUAAGAAGAAGCUACAAAAGGCUGUUGAGCUUAUCAAACUCAACCAGAGAAUUAAAAAGCUAAGACAAUUAUAUUUAUUGGCUAACGAAACAGAUUCAGAUCUUGAAGAAGAGGAAAGAUCAUCUUCAGCUUCGCUCUCCUCUCUUCCUAGCUCACAAAGCAGUUUGAGUUUAUCCAAUGAAUAUGGCAGCAAAAGCAAGCGAGAACAAGAUGAAUUUAUAUCCUCCUUAAGACAACAAACAUUGGCACAAAUAAUAAAAGUUGCUACGGUCAAUAAAGAUACUGUACGGAAAUUUGAGAAAUAA